AUGAAAUUGUCUCUAGUAGCAGCGCGUGAUGCCUUUGGAGAGGGCGAUUUCAAUGCGGCGUUAAUGAAUUACUAUGGGAUUUUGAAUUGGUUGAUACCAUCGAAGCGUGCGAAAUAUUUCAAAGAAUUUUGCGAUGCCCUUCAAGGAUUGCUUUCCGAUGAGAGCAUUGAAAAUCAACAGAAAAUCGUUUGGUUGAAAAUGAGUUGUGAGCUAUUCGAGCAAAAACCAACGCUGUUGAACAAAUGCGCGGAGUUUUUCUUCUCCAUUGGUACGUUUGGUGAAUGGAUGAUUCUUCCUUCAGCUUUUCAUGUCUAUACACCAAAAGCAUUACGCAUUACGUUUACAAAUGCUUUUUCAAAAAAAAAUUAUUGUUACGAAGGGAAUCCCAACCAGCAAUAG